AUAGUAUUUCCAGUAGUGAUUAAGCAUAAUUUAGAAAGAAACUAGCAGGUAUAAUAACAGGAGGACAAUUGACAUAAAGUGUACUUGCGUAACCAUUGAUGGAGCCUGGGAAUUCCAUGAGGCAUGACUACUCAUGGGAGCUUCUCUCCCAUAGGCAGAAAUUCCUUGAUGAGGCUGUUUCUCCAUUGGCGCUGGCACGUCUGCUGGUGGAUAGUAAUGGUCAACUUGAAGUGGAAGCAACAAAUACUGAGGAUGAUUAUGUCCAUAAAGAGGACCCCUGCCAGCAGCCGGUGGUGGCAAACCCUGUGGAGGUCCCCAUGAUUGAUGAGGUGGUGGCAUAUGAUCUAUUUGAUGAUGAUUAGACAUUUGCAUCUUUAGUGAAAAGAAAAACAUAAAACGGUGAGUCUCUAUCACAACAAAAAGACUUGAUCAAGCAAACAACAUGAAACGGGGGACAAAAACUUACAGAAUUUUCAAAGAUAGGAAUUAUACUACAGUCAACCAGAAACUUUCUGAGAUGAGAUGCAAUCAACUCUAGAGCCUUGUGCACACAAAAUGCAUCUCCCAGGAUUUCAACAACCCUAUCAUCUUGACGUGAAAAAACUGGUAGAUGUUAUGUGUUGCUUACACAAAAACUAAAAGAUUAAAAGGAAAUACUACUUCUUGUAACAAAUCACGACAUUAUUAUGUACUCGAGAUAACAACAUCUAAAUAUCUUCUGGUAAAUGAAGCUUUCAAACCACCUGACCAACAAUUUUCAGAAGAAAACAAAUGUCAGGGAUACUAUGAACGCCCAUCCAUAAAUAAACUUUGGACACCAAAAGAAAUGCUCCUGGUCCCAAAAAGAGAAAUGAACUAGAACCACAUUACACAAUUUUAGUGCAUAUCUUGAGAAGUUAAUUUUCCAUUGUAACAGGCAAAGAUAUGUUAAUGUAAUGGGUCCAUGGAAAGGAAAUAGAAGUAGAUGCCGAAAAGGAAGCCAACGGACUAAUUACUGACAAGACUCUACCACUGAUAAACUAAAACAUCACCAACCAAAACCAAAAACACUUGCAAUUAAUGCAACUGUGACCAAAAGGAGCAAAGUAUAGUUAAAUGCAAACAUAAGCAUGUAGAGAUACCUGAUCCAAGAACUCGAACAAUAGCCUCGAAUGUCUCUUGUAUGGAUUUGACAAUCGCUCCUUGCUUUCCAAUCAAACAUCCUACUUGCGAAGCUGAUACUAGGAGCCUUGUUGAUACUCUGGGAGGCAUGCCAGAUUGAGUAUUAGAAGCAUCACCCUCUAAACCAUCAUUAAUAUGUCUUUGAACACGUAAGAGGCCAUCCAUAGCAGGAGGAAGUGGAGAAUCUGGUUCCUCCCUGCCAGAUGCUAUUACCUGAUGUGCAAAGAACAUCAACAUACAAGUAAAUCAAAGUGACAAUGACAAUCAGACUAACUUGCUCAUAAGAACGUGUUUAAGUAUGUAUAACAUAAUAGGAUGAGAAACUUUACUAUUUACACCAACAUUUGCCAGUUCUUAAGUAAUUAAGCAUUUUUCAGCAUAAUGUACUCAUUGGUAUUUUUCCAUUAUCUGGAUGACCUAUUAAGAUUAAGUGGCACAAAAUUGCAUGAAGAUUAACAAGCUUCAAUAUUUAUUUAAUAUGUUAACCUGAUUACUUAGCUGAUUACCAAUCUUGCAAGUUCCAAUAAUUUUCCAUAGCAGUUAAAAGUUCAUAUUAUCUUCAGCUUGCCUUCAUCGCCAAUUUUAACAAGUUCCUUAUGAUCUUUACAAUCUGCCAUAAGAAAUCAGUCAUCCAAGUUCUCAAGUUACAAGGGAGAUGCAAAACUUCUUCAAACAGUUGUUUGACUGUUUACUCAAAUCAACUUUUCAGCACUUUGUAAGCCUCGAUGGCGAUCCCUGCCAUUUGGAUCUUUGCUUCUUCAAAAUUGGUGUCCAAAUGAUGAGUGAUCCGUACCCUACAAAUUUGCAAAGUAACCUCCACACAUCCAUUGUCGUUAUUGCACUAAAAGGAAUCAUGUCGUGGAACAGUUUUUAGUUCCUUUUCUAUCUCUCAUCUGGAUUACUGAUCCUCCAUAAUACGACUCUAUUAUUGGACGGUGAUUUCCAACUUAGAUUAAACUAUUAAACCUCCA